GACGAGGGGUCUCAGCUGGUUGCGCUGCUGCUGGGCGCAAAGCCGGGCGAGCACGUCGUCGACUACUGCGCGGGCGCAGGCGGCAAGACGCUCGCGCUCGCGGCGCAGAUGCGCAACAAGGGGCGGCUGGUUGCGAUGGACGUCGAUCACGCGCGACUCGAGCGCGGGGCGCCGCGCCGCAAGAAGGCGGGGGUGGACAACGUGCAGACGCACGUCAUCGAGCAGGGCAAGGACAAGUGGCUCAAGCGACGGAAGCGGACCUUCGACCGGGUACUCGUCGACGCGCCUUGCUCCGGCGUCGGCGCCUGGCGGCGCAACCCAGACGCCCGCUGGCUGCGCCGGACGCGUCCCAUAGAAGAGCUGCUUCCCGUGCAGGCGGAGGUGCUGCAGCGCGCCGCAAGGCUCGUCCGUCCAGGCGGCACUCUGGUUUACGCCACCUGCUCGCUGCUGCCCGAGGAGAACGAGGCGCAGGUCGAGGCUUUCCUGGCCUCGGCCGACGGGGCCGAGUUUGAGCUCGCGCCACCGGAGCACUUUGGUGCGCCCUUCGACGACGGCUACCUGCGGCUCAGCCCCGCGAGGCACGGUUGCGACGGGUUCUUUGGCGCGGCGCUCGUUCGUGACGCGCAUAUUCUCAGCGAAAUGUCCAGCUCUGAGGCACCUCCGGAGGCAGGCCGCCGCACGCCGGCGACACAGCUCCAGCUGUCAAACUGA